AUGUCUGAGGAUGUGGACAGUCCACGUGACCUCAUCAAACUCACACAUGAAAAACUCUCAUCUGAUGAUGUGUCCACCUCUGUCACCUGUCCAUCUUGUGGAGCCAUAUCUAUGUUCAUUGGAACUACAAGAGACAGUUUUGAAGGUAAGACGGUAAUACAGCUGGAGUAUGAAGCCUACAUCCCAAUGGCUGAGUCGGAGAUGAAGAAGAUUUGCACCAGCAUCAGAGCCAAGUGGCCCACAGUAAGGCACAUCUGUAUCCAGCACAGAUUGGGUGUUGUCCCUGUGACGGAGGCCAGUGUGAUGGUGGGGAUUUCAUCGCCUCAUAGAGUUGACUCUUUGGAGGCGGUCAGGUUCUGCAUUGACACCCUCAAGGCGACUGUGCCCAUUUGGAAAAAGGAGGUCUAUGAAACUGAAGAGCCCAGCUGGAAACAGAACAAGGAGUGUUUGUGGUCAGUUGCUGGGAAGAAAUAAGGAAUGUAUAUGCAACCCACAAGAUUCACACUGGGACACAUUUAUUAUGGCAUUUCGAAUUACAUACUGAACUGGUUCGCACCUUUACCUGUUUUUAAUGAAAUACAACACAUUUGGCUUUAAUGCAGUAACAUUAUGUCAGAACUAUAUUGAAUAGUGUUAAGAAUGUGUCAUGACAAAUCUGUCAUAAUCUAUGCAUUUCCAUUCAGAACAAUGGGUAUUAAACUAAUUUAAAUAAGUAAAUAAAAAGUAAAUUAAUCAUAUAAUUACAAUCAUUACAAUACAAUAAUUACAAUGUAUUGACAAUAUUCUUUGUAAGUUCACUGACUGUGGUGCCUUAAUUGAAUAAAUAUAUCAAUAUUUUAA